AUGGCUGCCUUCUUCAACGCACACCAAAUACUGCUGUUCAUCGGCACAACAAUAGUCUUAUCAAAUUUUCUGAUUGCCUCAAGACUCCCAAGCCAUGAAUUGAGUGGCGGAGUGAGGCUUCUGCGGGAAAGCCAAGAACAGACUGAUGUUGGCCUUUUCUCGGAAAAGGAUGAGUCAGAAGAAGAGAAGGCCAUGCUCCACAUCGUGACCACUAGGUUUAUGCAAUCUCAGGCUGGUUUGACCAAGCUGGGGAAAGCUCGCUUGAAGCUCUUUGAAACUUUUUGCUUGCCAUCAAUGCAAACGCAAGUAAUUGACAAUUUUCUUUGGUUUGUCAUGAUUGACCCGAACCUCGAAGGGGAAUUGCUGGAACGGCUUCAGUUCCUUCUAGCUCCUCAUCCGAACUUUUUUCUUGUUCUCUCGAACGAAAAAUUGUUGACACCGCAUAAUCUGAUGAAUAAACAAGAAGUUGUUCAAAUCGUUUCUGGUGAAACACAGUUGCUGUAUUCCAGAAUGAUGGAUGUGAACCGACCUCUAUUGAUGGAAACACGGCUAGAUGCAGAUGAUGGCCUACAUAGGAAAACACUGGGACAGAUUCAGUAUGCUGCGAUGAAGCUACCACAAGCAACUGGUGGAUGGCAAGUCAUAUGCGCUGAUGUACAUUUGGAAUGGCGAAACGACGAGAUUGCAAAUUUGAACAGUACUGUCGAGAGCUCGGGAAGGAUCCGACUGGUGAAAGAAGACAUAUGUGUUACACCUGGCUAUACGCUUGUCCGACAUCGAGAGCCCGGAAGCAAUGAGUUUCCACCAUGGCCCAAAAUGGGGCAUCAACAAAUGAAUACACUAUGGCCUGAGUGUCUGAGCAGUAACUCUACAAAAGAGGGCGAACCUGUGAACCUGAAUUGUUGGACUCGGCUCCCAAAGUAUCCAGCUGCCUUGCGAUCAAGAACGAUCACAAGUGCUGGAAUGAGUAGGGUUCGUUCUUCCGCAAAAGAUAGAAUUUACGACGAACAAACGAAUGAUUUGUGGCAGCAUGUGACGAGAGAUUUUGGAAUUGGCGAAGAACGAACCCUGUUGACAUCACAAUAUUUGCAAAAUAACAUUCAUGGGAUUGCAGUAGACAAUCUUCUGGGACAAUGCACCAGAGGUCACAGCUGCAAGAGAAGCAGCAGAGAUAAGCUGGAGGCUCUUGCCAAAGAGACUGCUAGUUUCCGGUGA